AUGAAGAGCAGCUGCUCCGACAGCGGCAGCACCAGCGGGCCGAGCGUCGUGAUGUUGGUCUUGAGCGCGUCGCCGGCCACCGCCAUCAGGUCCUUGGAGAGCGACACGCCCACCUUGCCGUCCCCGUCCUCCUGCUGCGUCACGCAGCCGAAGCACUUGUCGUCGGCGCCCUUGUGGGUGCGCACCGUGUGCACCAGCUCGUACUUGGACCGCCGCCGGUCCGAUCUCUUGUUCGAGAGCAGGAUCGCCGCGCCGCCCAUCCGGAACAGGCAGUUGGACACCAGCAUGGAGCGGUCGUUCCCGAAGUACCAGUUGAGGGUGAUGUUCUCCAUGCUGACCACCAGCGCGUACGAGCUGGGGUGCACCUGCAGCAGGUCCUUGGCGAGGUCGACGGACAGCAGCCCGGCGCUGCACCCCAUGCCGCCGAGGUUGUAG